GGUUCUUGUGGCAGGAGAAGAAUACUGAGCUGAGAUGGAAGUCAAAACAUCAUUUAACAAAGCCAGUAGGAUGCCUGAAACUGUAUCCACAUUAAUUAAUGAAGAAUUUGUCCUGGUUCAUCAGCAAUCUGAGGACACCUCUGGAAAAGAUGAAAAACCUCAGCUAAAGGUAUUUUCCAAUGGAGAUGAUCAGCUGGAGAAGGCAAUGGAAGAAAUACUGAGGGAUUCUGAGAAAGACCAGAACAGUUUCACUGCUCUCCGAGAAGGUUCCAGUAAUGCAAGUGGCCAGGCAGCUGGGGAUGAGUCAGCAGGUCAAACAAAUCAGCCAUCUUUGCACCUUGUUUUAGACCCUUCUACUACAGAAAUCUCUGCACCAAAACCAUCUUCUCCUGGUCAACCCCUGGAAGAGGACAGCGUAUUGUUUAACAAACUGACUUAUUUAGGCUGCACAAAGGUGUCUGCCCCUCGAAAUGAACCGGAAGCUCUACAUGCCAUGGCAAACAUGAAGUCCUCAAGUCAAGCCCCUUUAUCUGUAACGCUUUACGUUCCAAACAUUCCAGAAGGCUCAGUAAGAAUAAUAGAUCAAUCAAGCAAUGUGGAGAUAGCCUCUUUUCCAAUCUAUAAGGUGUUGUUUUGUGUGCGUGGACAAAACGGGACCUCAGAGAGUGACUGUUUUGCAUUUACUGAAAGCAGCUGUGGAACAGAAGAGUUCCAGAUUCAUGUUUUCUCCUGUGAGAUUAAAGAGGCAGUCAGCCGAAUUUUAUAUAGUUUCUCAACAGCAUUCAAACGUUCUUCCAAACAAGCAUCUGAUCAUGUUAAGGACUUUGUUCUUCCUACUCCAGAUAGUGAUGUGUACACUUUUAGUGUUUCCUUAGAAGUAAAAGAAGAUGAUGGAAAAGGAAAUUUUAGCCCUGUGCCAAAGGAUAGAGAGAAAUUGUAUUUCAAGCUUAAACAGGGAAUUGAGAAGAAAGUGGUGAUUACAGUUCAGCAACUCUCAAACAAAGAACUGGCCAUUGAGAGAUGCUUUGGGAUGCUACUAAGCCCUGGACGAAAUGUGAAGAACAGUGACAUGCACUUACUAGACAUGGAAUCCAUGGGAAAGAGAGUAAUUACUGGAAUGUGGAAUCCUAAUGCACCCAUGUUUCUAGUACUUAAUGAGGAAACUCCUAAAGAUAAGCGUGUAUUCAUGACUGUGGCAGUGGAUAUGGUCGUUACUGAAGUAGUGGAGCCAGUCCGGUUUUUGCUGGAGACUGUUGUGCGUGUGUAUCCUGCCAAUGAACGCUUCUGGUACUUCAGCAGAAAAACUUUCACAGAAACUUUUUAUAUGAAGCUAAAACAGUCUGAAGGAAAAAGCCACACAAGUGCUGGGGAUGCAAUUUAUGAAGUUGUCAGUCUACAAAGAGAAUCUGCAAGAGAGGAAGAAUUGGUCAGCCCGACAAGUGGAGGAGGGCCUAUGUCAUCCCAGGAGGAUGAGGCAGAAGAAGGGUACUAAUUAUGAUGAUGGAAAAAAACCCCCUUGAGUUUACAAUGUCUUGUCUUAGCCUUGGAAGAAGGCUUUUU